GGUUAUUUUCUUAGAAAGAGUCUGACUUUAGUUAGAAAGGGCAGAAUGAAAGUUACUCUGGUGCUGGUAGUUUUAUUCUCUUGCAUUUAUGUCUCGAAUACUGCUCCAUCUGAGUCUAGACGUUAUUGUGGGGAUAAGUUGGAUGCUAUUUUGGAGCUAGUUUGCGAUAAAUUGUACUUUCAACCGUCUAAAAAAUUUGACAACAACUUCCUAGCAAAGCGAAUACCUCUAAAAUUCAACAAGUACGAAGAUUAUUUAAACCAUUUCAAUCCACUAUCGGACGAUAUGGAAUCAUACGGUCCCAAUUUCAAUUCACUCGUGUCAACCAUCAAUCGAGAAGUUAGAAAAAGAGGCAUUGUUGACGAGUGUUGCAGUAGAUCUUGUACCGAAGAACACCUAAAGCUGUACUGCGCACAAUGAAUCAAUCGUAUUUAAUUUUGACUACAAAGCAACUGGUAACAAAGCAUGGCAUAAUUUAAACUUUAUAAAUAUGUGAUAAUGUAUUGUAAUGGUUUCUGAAAUUCUGUAUAAUUUUAUGAAGAGAUUACUACGAAAAUAAAUGUGAUAUAGU